UGUUUUGUAAACAGCUCGUAGCCUGGAGUUAGUGAAGAGAUUCUCUACUUUAGUCAUUAUAUCAGUUAUUUUGUAAACUGUAACUUGAAAUAUGAGUGGCAGUAAGAAGGUCGGCAGGGGAAGUCUUAAAGGGAGCAAAACUCAGAUUCAGGCCACAUCCAGCAAUGUAGCUGCAGUAGAGUCUUCCGUGUCGCAACAAAUAAGUGAUACUACGGUUGAACAAUCCAAGUCCAAUGUGGUUAAUGGUGCGGACGAGAGCGAUGAAGACGAGGACCAAGAAGAUGAUGUUGUAGAAGAUGAACCUAAUGAACCUAAGGAAAUUAAAGAAACCCCCACACGCUCAAAUACUGAGAUUGUUGCUGAGCCGGCCAAGUCGUCCCAAGACCAGAGGAUCCUCUACUCGUUGUCUGCUGAGCUGAAGGACAUCUACGAGGAAGGUCUAGUCGAGAUGGAGAUGGACGAACUCUUGAUCACACCGUUCCCUGAUAUUGAAGAAAUGCACAAAAAGAUUCUGGCCCGCAUCGAAGGCUGUUUCACGUUGCCUAUAGUGAAAAGUGAAUUCAGAAAAUUGUGUGAAAUAUUGAGCCAAGCCAGAAUAAAUGAAAACGAAAUUAAGAAAAGGUUGACCAAACGGGAAGCGGAAGUUCAAGAAUUGGCCACGAAGCUACGGCGUGAUCCCAGAGUGGUCAAGGUGCUGUAUUUAGCCGACAGGUGGCGCAAGGAGCGAAAUGAUGCCGAGGAGGUGGGCAAUGAAUAUUUGGCCGAGUUAAAUAGUAUUAAAACAGACCUAAAGACCAUGGAUACUACAAUAACCAGUUUAAAACGGGCAAAUAAAAAAAUGAUGGAGGAGAUCAAGCAAAGAAAAAAGUUGGAGCAAGUGUUGGAAGAACUGGAAGAAUCGAAUCUGGCCAAAGAUCGGGCUAUAGCAGAAAUAACGGAGCAACUCAUCAACACACAGCAGAAGGCAAUCAGGGACGGUCAGGCUGCGGACAAAGCUCAGGAGGAAUUGAUGCAAAAGUUGGUUGCCGCCCCUGACCGUCACAGACACCGAGUUGAAGCACUGACCAAACAACUGGACAAGCUGUACAUGGAAAGGGCCGACACUAAAGCAGAGUUAAAGAUCAAGACCAAGACGAUCGAGUCGUUAGGGUGCCAGGUCAACGCCAGCAAGUACAAUCUGCAGGUCAUCAAGAAGACCUUAAUGACAUUCAAGAGCAAAUGUAACCGGCUGGAGGACAAAUUAAACAACCAGUUAAACAGAUAUCGUCUGAGAGAGAAGGAGAUAGAAAAAGCUGGAGCUGUAAUCGCCGAUCUCAAGUUGAGUCUUUCCCGCGCUGAUCGACAAAAAAAGGUUCUCACUGAAAAUAUUAAUAAAGAAAAGUUGGAGGCAGUUAUGUGUAAAGGACAACUCGAAUCUUUAAAUAAAAGAAUCUUCAAACGAGAUGAUGAAAUAAAAAAUCUUCAGGAAGAAAUUCGGAAACUACAACACACUAUUCACUGCAGUAAUUUAGUUGAAAACAGAAUGGAAAAGAAACAAGAAUCCUGUCAGAGAGAAAUUAAAUGUUUGAAUACCAGAAUUUUUGUUGAUGAGGCGAAAAUCAACAGUUUUUCUGAUGUGGCCAACCAACAAAAGAAUUUACUCAACACGGCCAGGACAAACAUGGAGGCCCUGGCCAAAAACCUGAACAAGAUCGUCUCAGACCUGAAGGUGGUGGUCAGGCGGUGGGAGGACUGUUGUGGCGAAAGUUUGGACAAGAGUAACAUGAUACGGCACUUAGAAGUUGUGUGUCGACAACACGAGGACACGAUUCGUGUCCAGGAUUCUAAAAAUGAUUCUCUGGUGGUCAAUGCCAAAAAACUGGAGCUGCUUUUAAAAAAUACAAAAGACGGAAUGUUGCAACUGAGGCAGAAAAAUGCUGAGGCCGUUACUGAGGCCCACACACAAUCGGAGCUGUUUAAUAUGUUAAAAUAUAUGCUGAAAUUUACGGAAGCUGAGAAAGAAUCCAUCUAUAAAAUAUCCGAGAAAACAGAGACUAAUUUAAUUCUACUGAAACAAAGGGACGCCAAACGUCUGCAUGAGAUUAUGAGGCUCUCUGAGGAAGUUUAUGCCCAGAAACUCUUGGUGAAAAAUUUCAUCAAAUCUUUGGAGAAUGAGAAGCACGAGACGGCCCACUUGAUUCACGUGCUCCGUGAGGUGGACGAGGAACAUUUGGUCCUCCGGAGAAACUACGAUAAGAUCAGAACAGAAAGAGAUUUUCUUGGGGCUUUGGUAAUAAAAUGGAAAACUGAAGCGGACCUGAUGGUCAAGAAAAUGAACAUUAUGAAAGGAAUGCUAAAAACAGGUUUUCUGGAAAUCUAUGGUCAGUACCAAGACAUGCGGCUGUUAAAAAUUGAAAUAAAAAACCUCAGGCGAAAGUUAAAGUCUUACAUGUACACAGAAUCUUUAAAUAAAGAGUUAAGGUCUGAACUAGUGGAAACCACCCGUCUGCUACAACUUGAGCAGGACAAACGAGUUGCCAUAGAGCAGAUGAAGUUAACAGUCCCCCACUUAAACCGUUACAUCAUGCACGCGAAUGUAAGCGAAUACGAAAUGAUUUUGAAAAUUCAAAAACUCCAGAAAAUUUUACUCACCAAAUAUACAGAGGUUGAGGAGAAGGAUAAAGUAAUUAUGAGUAGAGACCAAGAGAUCAUGCAAUUUAAAAUACUCCUGUCAAGACGACCUGGCAUUGAAUGUGGCAAGGAACUAUAUGAAGCCAAGACAAAUAUACGAAAGAAAAAUAAAGAAAUUAAGGCCCUAAUCGCCGAAUUAAAUGUGGCCAAAUUCGACCUAAAUGAAAAGAAAGAAACACAAGAAAAACUUUUAGAGGAGCUGAGGACGUCUAAAGAAGUUGUGGCUCAUUUUAAACGGAAAUCUACACAAACCAAAAUUGUGCCGACUAUACGAGCCAACCUGGCAACCAAGAACGUCCGCUUCACUGGUGGAGGAUACCAGUUCUCCUGUGUUAGGUCCAGCUAUGUUGACCCCAGCCACGAACUGCCGGAGUUAAAGGACAACGCCGUUAAAUAGUAGACUACAUGUAAGGAUUAGGAUUAGGAUUAGUCAAAUAGUACAUGUUUAAAAAAAUGUUUUACAUGUAUUGGCUAAUAGUUUGCUGGGUCUACACGAACUUGCAACUGUCAUUGAGUUUUCAAACUUUGACUGUGUUAGACUAGGGCUAGAUACGGACUGACCAGUGACAACAAAAAUCAUUGACCUUGACAUACAACUGACACCCCUAGAGAAUGACGUAGACUGACUAACGUUCCUUCUUGAUGCCUGUUUACAUUUUUAUAUAUUUUUAUAUUAUAGCCCGUUUAAU